AUGGAGCCAAGCAGUGAUAUUGAAGCUCAGCAUCUUGAGUCUGUGAUUGAGGAGAAACGUGUUGAACUGAGAUCCUCAGAAAUUAUUCACGAACCUGACAGUGGAAUCAUUUCAGUACAGCUUUUGGAAUUUAAGACAAGACUCCUAGAGGCAGUGGAGGAAUUGCAUAUUCACAGGGAUUCUGAAGUGCGGUAUGAGGCUCAAAUUUGUAAACUUGUACUGGAGAAGCAAGAACUGGAGUGGCAGAAGGAGUCUUUACAAAGUCAGGUUGACAGGAUGUCAAAAGAACAUUCAGAAUCACUUGCAGCUGUUAAAAAGCAGUUUCAGGCUCAGGUCAGAGGAAUUGAGGGAGAGAAGGGGAAGCACCAGCUGAGUGCUGAAUUGAAGGACAAAGAGAUCACCAGUCUGAAAGAAGAACUGAAGCUGCUGCAGUUGUUCAAGUACAGUUUGGAGAAGAAAUUAAGCGAGCUGGAGCAGAAGUUGCAGCUGCAGACUCAAGUGAAGGACAGACAUCUGAAUCAGCUAGGAGAGGUGGAGAAGCGUUUCGAGGCCGUCACAAGACAAUGCGCCAUGGUGAAACAAGCCCACGGGAAACUGGAGCAGAACGUGGAGGAGGCAGUGCGACUUAACAAAAAGCUUGCAUCCAUAAACAAAAAACAAGAAUCUACAAUUGCUGCCCUAAAAAAGGAUGUGGAGCGGCUUAACGGUGAAAUGGUAAAAUGCAAAGUUGCGUCAAUCCACAGAUCUGGAGAGGAGAGUUCUAAUUGUCUCCUGAGAGAACAACAAAUACAGGAGCUUCAACAAAGGCUUAUUGUGGAGAAGGAACUGAAUAAGAAACUCAGAAAUGAAAAUGCUGUGGAACUGGCAGAGAAGCAGAAGCUGAUGAGCUCUCUCCAGCAUGCCCAGUGGCUACUGCAAACUCAGACCCAGGCUGUUUGCCGAACCGAACAGCAGCUCCUCACACACACAGAGGAGUACCAGGUCCUUAAACGAGAACAUGAAAUGAGCCAAGAGAGGAGUAAAGAAAAAGAGGACAGCCUUAUGCAGGUGAUAGAGGAGUACAAAAAUUCCAGACUCACUUUGGAAAAAGAGGUAGUUCUACAAAACUCAAAGAUGCAAGCAGAUCAGGAAGAACUGAGGGCUGUGAAAGAAGCAUACGAUAAUCUCCAUGAAAAACAUCAACAACUGUCCUCUAAUGCAAUGCACCAAGCCAAAAUUAUUCAUGGCUUAGAGAAUGGCUUGGAGGAUAGCUUCACCAUCCAAAAGGAUUCUUCUAGGAGCAUAAACUAUGAUGUCCAUCUGACCACAGCAAGCAAUCUCAAUGAAAGGACUGCCGAGUGUCAAGAAACAGCAAAAGAUGGCUGCUUUCAUGGUGAAAGUGGUGAGGUUAACGUUUAUUCACAGACAGAUCAAUCUGUUCUUGUGCCUCCGUCUUCACAAGGUCUCGAUGCUUUGGCUCCAAAUCAGUCAGAGAGGAGUGAGAACAUCAGUGGAGCUAAUGUAUUCGUGACAAAUACAGACAUAGAUCUAGUUGUCAAACAGGCAACUAGCGUCAUUAAAAACGCACCAGUCCGAGGAACGUUUGAUAGUGGUUGCCCUUCGAGUGUAGUGCAAAGUUACACAGACAGCUGCCUCACCAAGCUAUCAGAACACAAAACCAGGUCUGUUUAUAGGGUGGCCAGUGACCCAUUGAUGUCUGAAUCAAGGGAUAGGCCAGAGGAGCAGAGUCUGGGUGUCUCUGAAAUGCGAGAGCACCAGACAUCAGAUAAACACACAUCCGAGACAUCUCAGGCCGCUGACAAAAAAGAAGUUGAGCCUCAGACCACAGCACCUGGGACAAACAGCCCUUUAAGUGUCUUACCAAAUGAUAGUGAACUUCACACAGAAGGACCAAAACUUCCUGAGGAAAGUGAUACAAACUCUUUGCUACAAGAAAAAGAUGUGUUUAAAAGUCAAAUGAAGCACAAACAGUUAGAUGCAGCUAAUUCAAGUCCACCACAACAAAUUGUACCUCAACCAGCAGCCUCUCCUCAUAAGAAAGCCUUGCCCUUGGCUGCCACAGUUCUUGAUACAACCUUUAGACAAUCUAAUGAUCAGGUCUCACAACUACAGGAGAGCCCUUGGUCAAGAAGUGGAAUGUACCAGGAGGCAUUAGAAGAUAUAAGCAAAAAUGCAGAAAAAACUAAUUCAAAAUCCAUUCCAGAGGCUGAGUUGAACACUUGUGCUAGCCAUCUUAGCUUGUCCUCUCCAAGCACUGUGGAUAUCAUUGGUAAUUUAGCAGAAGAUCCUGGUGGAAAUGAAAGAGAAGAUAAUCGUAUUGCUGGCUCAUCUGCCAAGAUCGUGAGAGACCAGCAGAAAGCAGAUGCAUUCCCAAGUCCCCUGAUAUCAAACUUGCAGGAAGAUGCUUUAUCCAGUGAUAGACUGACAAAACAAGGCCACCACCUAAAUGAUAUGGAAAUGCAAAUUAAUGAUACAGAACCUUUCUACCUUGAUGACAACAAUAGAUUCAGAUCGUUUGACCAAAGGAUGUCUCAAAAAGAAACACUGAACACACGGCUGAAAUGCUCACAGAGUGUUGCAGGUGUUUUACCAGUGGAAAGCAAAAAUAAUUCCUCAGCAUCUUCAAGUCCCAUAAUUUCAGAGCAGAAAUCAGUGCUGCCCUCUGGCUUCCAGGAGCUUUGUACAACAUUGAGUACACCUUUAUUUUCAAGGCACAACUUAAGAAAUCGAGGUGCUUCAGUAAUUACCCAGCCUCUUGACAAGUUGAAUGUUUCAAACAUUCUUCCUGACCAAAAGACUAAUCACCAUGAAGAAUGGAAUGCAAUCAAGCAGACAUUUUCUGAAAUCUCAGUUGAGAAAGAGAACAGAGUUCCCAUCUCCUUCGGUUCAGCUCAGCUAGGCAGCCCAGUGGCUCGGUCUGUGGGUAAUGGGUUGAAACAUGACUGCACUCCUACUCUCCCUCCCAGACUCCACAGCUUGGGAAAAGUGUCUCGGCCUGUGUCUGAGGGAAGUACGCCCACACUUCUAGUGAAAGAGGACCAUAAUCAGUCAGACAUCAGGGCCCAGAUUGCAAAAAUUGACCAGUUCCUCGCCUCUGAAGGGUUCAGACCACAGAAAAGACGGAGGGUAGAGAAAUCUGAGGUUUCGGAGCUUUCGAAACAUUAA